UGACGAUCAGAAUUGUGAAUCAUCUCUUGUGUGUUUUCAAGUAAAUAAAGGCAAUCUGCCCACGGGGCAGAAAAAAAAUCUACAAACUACAAACUCUGUCCAAUCAUGUAAAGACAAAUCAGCCUUCAGGCAAAUCAAAUGUCUUCAUUCAAAGUCUACCUGGAUUUGGCACUCUGCCCAUCGUUUCAAAACCUCUUAACAAUACGUUUCACAAAUAGUUAAAAACAUGCAUACUGAAAAGCAUACUUUUGCAAUGUUAUUUUUAAAAACAAGGAACUCUUUAACCCAGGGAAGAUAAUCACUUGGGGAAAGGAAGGUUCGUUUCUGAGUUAGCAACAAGUAAAUGCAGCACUAGUGGGUGGGAUUGAGGUGUGCCCUGGUGCAUAAAUAGAGACUCAGCUGUGCUGGCACACUCAGAAGCUUGGACCGCAUCCUAGCCGCCGACUCACACAAGGCAGGUGGGUGAGGAAAUCCAGAGUUGCCAUGGAGAAAAUUUCAGUGUCAGCAUUCUUGCUCCUUUUGGCCCUCUCCUACACUCUGGCCAGAGAUACCACAGUCAAACCUGGAGCCAAAAAGGACACAAAGGACUCUCGACCCAAACUGCCCCAGACCCUCUCCAGAGGUUGGGGUGACCAACUCAUCUGGACUCAGACAUAUGAAGAAGCUCUAUAUAAAUCCAAGACAAGCAACAAACCCUUGAUGAUUAUUCAUCACUUGGAUGAGUGCCCACACAGUCAAGCUUUAAAGAAAGUGUUUGCUGAAAAUAAAGAAAUCCAGAAAUUGGCAGAGCAGUUUGUCCUCCUCAAUCUGGUUUAUGAAACAACUGACAAACACCUUUCUCCUGAUGGCCAGUAUGUCCCCAGGAUUAUGUUCGUUGACCCAUCUCUGACAGUUAGAGCCGAUAUCACUGGAAGAUAUUCAAAUCGUCUCUAUGCUUACGAACCUGCAGAUACAGCUCUGUUGCUUGACAACAUGAAGAAAGCUCUCAAGUUGCUGAAGACUGAAUUGUAAAGAAAAAAAAUCUCCAAGCCCUUCUGUCUAUGUCAGGCCUUGAGACUUGAAACCAGAAGAAGUGUGAGAAGACUGGCUAGUGUGGAAGCAUAGUGAACACACUGAUUAGGUUAUGGUUUAAUGUUACAACAACUAUUUUUUAAGAAAAACAAGUUUUAGAAAUUUGGUUUCAAGUGUACAUGUGUGAAAACAAUAUUGUAUACUACCAUAGUGAGCCAUGAUUUUCUAAAAAAAAAUAAAUCCUUUUGGGGGUGUUCUGUUUUCUCCAACUUGGUCUUUCACAGUGGUUCAUUUACCAAAUAGGAUUAAACACACACAAAAUGCUCAAGGAAGGGACAAGACAAAACCAAAAGUAGUUCAAAUGAUGAAGACCAAAGACCAAGUUAUCAUUUCACCACACCACAGGUUCUCACUAGAUGACUGUAAGUAGACACGAGCUUAAUCAACAGAAGUAUCAAGCCAUGUGCUUUAGCAUAAAAGAAUAUUUAGAAAAACAUCCCAAGAAAAUCACAUCACUACCUAGAGUCAACUCUGGCCAGGAACUCUAAGGUACACACUUUCAUUAAGUAAUUAAAUUUUAGUCAGAUUUUGCCCAACCUAAUGCUCUCAGGGAAAGCCUCUGGCAGGUAGCUUUCUCCUUCAGAAGUCUAAUUUAGUAGAAAAGUCAUCCAAAGAACAUCUGCAACCCUGAACACACCCUAAAGAAAUCCUGGGAAUUGGCCUUGUAAUCGAUUUGUCUGUCAAGGUCCUAAAGUACUGGAGUGAAAUAAAUUCAGCCAACGUGACUAAUUGGAAGAAGAGCAAAGGGUGGUGACGUGUUCAUGAGGCAGAUGGAGAUCAGAGGUUACUAGGGUUUAGGAAACAUGAAAGGCUGUGGCAUCAGGGUAGGGGAGCAUUCUGCCUAACAGAAAUUAGAAUUGUGUGUUAAUUUCUUCACUCUAUACUUAAUCUCACAUUCAUUAAUAUAUGGAAUUCCUCUACUGCCCAGCCCCUACUGAUUUCUUUGGCCCCUGGACUAUGGUGCUGUAUAUAAUGCUUUGCAGUAUCUGUUGCUUGUCUUGAUUAACUUUUUUGGAUAAAACCUUUUUUGAACAGA